GCUACCGAAUCUUCCGCACAACCGCGUGGGUGAUUAUAUCAAGUGAGUGAAGUGUGCCGCGUCUGUGAGAUAUCGUGUUAAAUCUUCCCAGCCCCGUGUCAACCUUCAUCAGGAGUCUCCGUGGUAGAGUGGACAGGUGCGACUGACACUUGUAUCUACCACUACCACCACCACCACCAUCACCAUGAGCAGGAAGCGGCCGAGACCGACACAACCGUUGCAGGAGGUGGACGAGGAAGAGCAAGACCGAGAAAAAAACAAGAGGAAAAACUAUAAGAACUACCGUGGAGAAGAUGGGAGUGAGGAGGUGUAGGGAAGGCAUAGAAGGAACUGUGAUCAUUAGAUUCUUCUAGUCCAUCGAAACGUGGGACGGAAUUCAUAAAGGCGGUUAAGGAUGGAGGACUCUUUCAAUGGACUCCUUCAGCGCCUAUGUGGCUGCAUCCCGGCGAGAAUGUCCAUGGGGGCGUUGGCUUUCAUGGGCUUCGUGAUGAUGACGAGCGUGAGGAUCAAUCUGUCGGUGGCCAUUGUUGCCAUGGUGCGUCAGAAUUCUUCAAGCGUUAUGAAAGGCAGGGUGGAAUGCCAACAAGCGUUCCUUAUUUUUGUAUGUGCUUAUGAGUUCAUGUUCUUUGAUGUCACGAUAGAUGUGAUGUUUGAGAUUAAUGAGCGAGAGCUUGGCGGUGCUGGGACAGGAGGCGGGCAGGGCGGCAACAGCACUACCGCUGUACCUUGGGAUAUUGAGAUGAUGGAGGGAGACGAGGACGAGGGUCUGGAGUGGGACGAGAUAACACAGGGACUUGUCCUCGCGAGCUUUUUCUACGGGUACAUCUUCACGCAGAUUAUCGGCGGUCGAUUUGCAGAAAUGUACGGAACAAGAAUCACGUUUGGGCUCUGUGGUCUGACGAGUGGCUUUUUCACGCUCCUCUCCCCGAUAGCGGCUCGAUACCACUACGGCGCCUUCAUUGCUGUCAGGGCUCUCAUGGGUUUCUUCCAGGGUCCCAUGUGGCCCUCCAUGCAUGCUCUGGUGCCUCGAUGGAUCCCGCCCUUCGAGAGAUCCAGAUUCGUGUCAAGUGUCUAUUUUGGGUCUAACCUCAGUAUGAUGAUGACCAUGGCGUUGAGUGGCAUUAUCGUGGACUCUCUGGGUUGGGACGCUGCCUUUUACAUCCCAGGAACGAUUUGCCUGGCGUGGGCGUUGUGUUGGUUCCUCCUGGUGGCGGAUACACCAAGCCAACACCCAAGAAUAAGCCACGAGGAGAAAGAAUACAUUGAGAGCGCCGUAAGGAAGUCUGGCAGCUCUUGGAGUCGGCCUAAGAAGGUGCCAUGGCGCUCCCUCCUGACGUGCGUGGCCUUCUGGGUGACUGUGGCCGUAGACGUAGGGAACAUGUUUGGCCUCACCAUCUUCUUCAGUCACCUGCCGACUUACAUGAAAAACGUCCUGGGGUUCUCGAUUAAAGAGAAUGGCCUCCUGUCCAGCCUUCCCUUCCUGUUCCGUUACCUUGGCGCUCUCAGCUUUAGCUUCUUCGGGGACUGGAUUAUCUCUUCCGGCAAGCUGAGUGUCAUCACCUCCCGCCGCCUCUCCAGUGCGAUAGCCAUGUUCUUUCCAGCCGUUCUGUGCCUCGCCACUGCCUACUCGGGAUGCUCCGCCAUAGCCACAGUAACCUUCCUGUGCCUCAUGAACUACACGAACGGCGCCGUCGUCAACAGUAUUCUAAUUAACUACACGGAAAUCGCGCCUAACUUCUCAGGGACUAUAUUCGGUAUUGGCAACACUGCGGGCGCCAUCACGAUGUUCCUCGCUCCGGUGUGUGUCGGGGCUGUCAUCCAGGGACAGCAAACCAUGCUGCAGUGGAGGAAAGUGUUCUGGAUGUGCGUCCCGUUGUACGUUGUGCCCGAGGUCUUCUAUCUCAUCUUCUCCUCUGCGACGGUGCAGCCGUGGAACUCAGCGUGGGAGGAGGACGAGGAGCAGACGGCCAGCCUGAAUAAUCCCAGCGUUAAGACUUAAGCAUUACCGGCUCCAAUAGAAAAGUGUGUGUGUGCGUGAAUAUAUAUAUAUA